AUGAACACCGAAAGCCUCCCAGAUUACCUGACCAUCCCAGGGAAAACGAUUCCUAGCUUCCACUGCCGCGUUGGAAAAAAUCAUAAUGAUCGCCAGCCUCAGAGAGCCAACAUUUACGGCUACCCUGUGCCUAGCGUGCAGGCACCUACUUCUACGUCGGUUAUGGCCCUUGACUACUUUGCGAGUGACCAGACCUGGGGGAAUAUCCUGGCCCAUGGGGACUUUGAUUACAUCGUCAUCGGUUCGGGCUUCACUGCUCUCGCAUUCAUUCAGAAGGCACUCGAUCUCGACCCGUGUGCCAAGAUUCUUUGCUUGGAGCGUGGAGGCUUUUGGCUCCCUUCCCACUUCCAGAACCUGCCAAUUCCUUUCAAAAUGGUUCUGGGAGGACCUUCUGAGACAUUCCCCUGGACCCUCUCGCGCAAGACCUUUGAGACAAAGGAACUCAAGUUCUGCCACGGAUCUUGCCCAUUUUUCGGUGGCCGAUCAACAUUCUGGUCCGCCUGGAGCCCGAGGCCGAGUCUAGACCUCAUGCGCGACUUUCCCGAGUCCAUGAAGGAGACUGCUUCACACGAGCAAUUCUGGAAAGAGGCCAAGGAACUCUUGAAUGUCACACCGGCAGCUCAGAUCAACGAUGGCGUCUUUGGAAGCCUGCAGACUGCCAUUGAUUGCAUUCUCGAACGCUCGGUUUGCAAGAUUCCUACUGCCGACUAUGCUGAAUCGGCCCCCCUUGCUGUCGGACGACGCAGCCCAACUUCUCGUCUGCGAUUCAACAAGUUUUCUGUCCCCGGCCCGCUUCUCGGCAUCUUGGAACGACAGAGGCAGCUGGCCAAAACCAACCAGGGAGCGCCUUUGGAAAUCAUGGUUGAAUGUGCGGCAACAAGCAUGGCUAAAGGCGACGACGAUGAUUUUGUCCGUGUUAUCGAAACCAGCAAGGGCACUUUGUCGUGGACUGGCAACAAGACCAGGAUCAUCCUCUGCGCUGGAGCCAUUCCCAACGCCACCAUGUUGCUGAACUCUUUCGAGAGCUGCCGUGACACGGUCGGUAAGAGGCUUACCGGCCACUUUGUGACACACAUCUCAGCAAGAUGCCCUGUGAAGAACAUCAAGGGCUGGAAGAAGGAAGAUACGCUCGCGAUGGCUGCUGCAUACGUGGCUGGCAGGGAUCCCAAGAGCGGCCUACAGUAUCACGUCUCGGUCACGGCGCUGAAUAGCCCCAACCCGAAAGACGAUGCAGAGGACGCGGCUCGCGAGUGUCCAGACUAUGCGGCUGCGGCGACGCUUGAUCAACUUGUCGGUUCUGAGGACUACGUUGUGUUUGUCUGCUCGGCUCUCGGCGAAUUCAGCGAGAAGAACCCCCAGAAUCACGUCACUCUCAACAAAGGCACCGACCCGACUUGCAACGUCACCCUCCAAUACACCUUGACCGACGAGGACUAUGCCUGCUGGGACGUGAUGGACACGGCCACCUACGACACCAUCAAAGCAAUGGCGGGUGGCGGCGGCGAUGAUGAUGAGGAGCACGAGUCGAGCAGCAUCGAAUGGUGGGAUGAGACAAGCCAUGGGUGGAGCAAGACGAAGCCAGCAGUCGACACCAUUCGCAUCCCUGGUGUCGUUCAUGAAUCCAGCACUUGUUUCAUGGGACCCAAGGAAAUCGGUGGUUCCGUGGAUGAGCUUUAUCGUCCUCACGGGAUUGAGAAUGUUCACGUCACGGGGGCUGCGCUAUUCCCAACGGCGGGUAGUUGGAAUCCCACUAUGACUAUGUGUGGGUAUGCUCAGGACUUGGCGAGCAAGCUGCAUGGAUUGAAGGUUAGGUCGGAUUGUGAGGCGUCAGGUUAA